CGUUGGAAGUAUUUAUCGGUAGUUAAACGCACUCAUCCACAGAUCGUAAGUCGAGCUCGAAUCGUCCAUGCUCACGUUUAUCGAUUCCCGCGUUAUUUCUCGGCUUAAAACACGAAGAAAAAGUUUAUCGAACGAGCGAACAGAGAUUACAUCGCGCGUCGUUUACUUAAAAAUUCGCGGUUAGAGUGACACCGAUUCGUGAAUGUUCGUAGAGUCUCGGAAAUAAUCAAACGUUUCCUGCGCAAGGAUCAACGGAGUGUUAUAUCGGUGGCCAGUGCGAAGCCAUCCCUUCGCGAGCACGUUUUACGUCGCGAGAAUCGUGCAGUGGGAAAAAGUCGAUUCCUCGUGAAAAACCUUUAGACCAGUAUUACGACGCGAGAUGCUGGCUAACAAGUGUCAAACUGCACUCUGUGCUCGAACCUUUUCACGCCGUCUGUUCAAAGGGCACGCGGUUUCUUGGAAGAGAUGGCUGACAGUAUCCUUAGCGGAGGAACCAAAAAGGCCAGUGAUCACGACAGAAGUACCUGGACCUCAGUCACGUAGCUUAAUGCAAGAACUCAAUGCGAUACAACAAGCCUCUUCCGUACAAUUCUUCGCAGACUACGAAAAAUCAGUAGGUAACUAUAUAAUGGACGUCGAUGGGAAUGCUCUGCUCGAUGUUUAUAUGCAAAUUUCGUCGAUGCCACUGGGCUACAAUCAUCCAGCUAUGUUAAAAGCCCUCGCUGAUCCGGUUAAUCAGAGAAUUAUAGCGAAUAGACCUGCAUUGGGUGUUUUUCCUGGGAAAAAUUGGCCAGAUAAACUUAAACAAAUUUUGCUUCAUAAAAAGAUUGCCCCACCGGGAUUAUCCCAUGUCAUGACUAUGAUGUGUGGCUCUUGUUCCAAUGAAAAUGCGUUUAAAACUAUUUUUAUCUGGUAUGCUGAAAAACAAAGGAAGGGUGCUGCAUUUACGCAAGAAGAAAUGAAAACAUGCAUGAUGAAUGAAGUUCCUGGUACUCCGCGAUUUUCCAUACUUUCAUUCAAAGGAGCAUUCCAUGGACGAACACUGGGCUCUCUCUCAACGACACACAGUAAAUACAUUCACAAGAUAGAUAUUCCAGCGUUUGAUUGGCCCACUGCCUCGUUUCCAGCAUACAAAUAUCCUUUGAAUGAAAAUACUCGAGAAAAUCAGCAAGAAGAUAAGCGAUGUUUAGCUGAAGUAGAGGAAUUAUUCGAAAAAUAUAAAACUGAGAAAAAAAUUCCAGUUGCCGGAGUGAUAGUUGAACCCAUUCAAGCGGAAGGCGGUGACAAUCACGCAUCUCCCGAAUUUUUUCAAGGAUUACAGCGUAUAACAAAAAAACACGAUGCAGCAUUGUUAAUCGAUGAAGUUCAAACAGGCGGCGGCCCAACGGGAAAAAUGUGGUGUCACGAACAUUUCGAUUUACAAUCUCCUCCAGACUUAGUAACCUUCAGCAAAAAAAUGCAACUAGGUGGCUAUUAUCACGCCGAAUCUCUAAAACCUAAGCAAUCCUACCGUGUGUUUAAUACUUGGAUGGGAGAUCCUAGUAAAAUAAUAUUAUUAGAAGCAGUAUUAGAGACCAUAAGAAAGGAAAAUCUUUUGCAUAGAGUUACGGUUGUUGGCGAUUAUAUGUUAAAACAAUUAAUGAAUUUACAAAAUGAAUUCUCUACGAUGAUUAAUUCAGUGCGCGGACGUGGAACGUUCAUUGCAUUUAACUGUGCUUCGCCUGAACUACGAGAUACAAUUAUUAAGCAACUUUUAAGCAAAGGUAUCCAAACCGGUGGCUGUGGAUCUGCAGCUGUAAGAUUAAGACCAGCCUUGACAUUUUCGCAAAACCACGCGGAUAUAUUUUUGGAUACUCUUCGAUCUAUUUUAAAACAAUAAUAGUUUUAAAGAAAUAGUGCUAUAUACUAUA